GCGCGUGCCCGCGCCGCUGCGCGAUGCAGUGUGGGGAAUGGCUGGGGUUGGCUGAAGAGCGCACAGUGGAGUUUUAAUGUCCGCCAUGUUGGCCAUGGCGUAUUGAAGAGAGCGAGUGAGCGAGGCGCGGAGCGGCACAGCCUCCCACCCUCCCGGCUGGUGUCAGGGCCCGGACGGCGGGCUUUGCGCUCCGCCCCCAAGUCCCCGGCAGCGGCAGGCGAGUGGAGACCGAAACCCCGGUUCUCCAUGAUCCCGCUGGCCGGGGCCGUUUCCCCAGAGCGGAGAGGUAUCUGCUGCGCCUGAGAUGAGUAAACUGUCGUUCCGGGCGCGGGCGCUGGACGCCUCGAAGCCGCUGCCGGUCUUCCGCUGUGAGGAUCUGCCCGACCUGCACGAGUACGCCUCGAUAAACCGGGCCGUGCCGCAGAUGCCCACCGGAAUGGAGAAGGAAGAGGAGUCGGAACACCAUCUUCAGCGGGCUAUCUCUGCACAGCAGGUGUACGGCGAGAAGCGGGAUAAUAUGGUUAUUCCAGUUCCUGAGGCAGAAAGUAACAUCGCUUACUAUGAGUCCAUAUACCCUGGGGAGUUCAAGAUGCCAAAGCAGCUCAUUCACAUACAGCCUUUUAGUCUGGACGCCGAGCAGCCUGACUACGAUCUGGAUUCUGAAGAUGAAGUGUUUGUGAAUAAACUGAAGAAGAAAAUGGACAUCUGUCCAUUGCAGUUUGAGGAGAUGAUUGACCGUCUAGAAAAAGGCAGUGGUCAGCAGCCAGUCAGUCUGCAGGAAGCCAAACUACUGCUAAAAGAAGAUGAUGAGUUAAUUAGAGAAGUUUAUGAAUACUGGAUUAAAAAGAGGAAAAACUGUCGAGGGCCAUCACUUAUCCCAUCGGUCAAACAAGAAAAGCGAGAUGGCUCCAGCACAAAUGACCCUUAUGUGGCUUUUAGAAGGCGGACUGAGAAGAUGCAAACUCGAAAAAACCGCAAAAAUGAUGAAGCGUCAUAUGAAAAGAUGCUUAAGCUGCGUCGGGAUCUGAGCCGGGCUGUGACUAUCCUGGAGAUGAUCAAGAGGAGAGAGAAGAGCAAGCGGGAACUGCUGCACCUGACACUGGAGAUCAUGGAAAAGAGGUAUAAUUUAGGUGACUACAGUGGAGAGAUCAUGUCUGAGGUCAUGGCCCAGAGACAGCCAGUGAAGCCUACUUACGCCAUCCCCAUCAUCCCUAUCACUAACAGCAGUCAGUUCAAACACCAGGAAGUCACGGAUGUGAAGGAGUUCAAAGUUCAUAAGCAGGAGAAAGCCGACCUUACUCGACCCAAGCGCAAAUAUGAGAAGAAGCCCAAAGUCUUACCGCCGUCGUCGGCCGCCGCUCCUCAGCAGCCGAGCCCUGCUGCACUGCCCGUGUUCAGUGCUAAAGACUUAAACCAGUACGACUUCCCCAGCUCAGACGAAGAGCCUCUGUCCCAGGUUUUGUCUGGCUCUUCGGAAGCUGAGGAAGAGAAUGACCCUGACGGCCCCUUUGCUUUCCGUAGGAAAGCAGGCUGUCAGUACUACGCUCCUCAUUUAGACCAAACUGGCAAUUGGCCCUGGACUAGCCCUAAAGAUGGAGGAUUGGGGGAUGUUCGCUAUAGAUACUGCUUAACAACUCUCACCGUACCCCAGAGGUGUCUCGGAUUUGCACGAAGACGGGUUGGGCGCGGUGGAAGGGUCCUGCUGGACAGAGCGCAUUCAGACUAUGACAGUAUGUUUCACCACCUGGAUUUGGACAUGCUUUCCUCACCACAACCUUCUCCAGUCAAUCAGUUUGCCAAUACCUCAGAAACCAAUACCUCGGACAGAUCUUCCUCGAAAGACCUCAGUCAGAUACUAGUCGAUAUCAAAUCAUGUAGAUGGCGCCACUUUAGGCCUCGGACAUCAUCCCUACAUGACAGUGACAGUGAUGAACUCUCCAGUAGGAAAUUACAUAGGAGUAUAACUCGGACAGGAGCAGCACAGCCUGGGACCCACACGUGCAGUACCUCCGCGCAGAGUAAAAGCAGCAGUGGCUCCGCACACUGUGCAUUUACAGCCGAACAAUACCAGCAACACCAGCAGCAACUGGCGCUCAUGCAGCAGCAGCAGCUUGCACAAACUCAGCAACAGCAAGCAAAUAGUAAUUCCUCCUCCACCGCCGCCGCCAACCUUGCAUCUAACCAGCAGAAAAGUGGCUUUGGCCUGAAUAUACAGGGUUUAGAAAGAACAUUCCAGGGUUUUGUCUCUAAGACUCUGGAUUCUGCUAGUGCGCAAUUUGCUGCUUCUGCUUUGAUGACGUCAGAACAGCUGAUGGGAUUCAAGAUGAAGGAUGAUGUGGUGCUUGGGAUUGGGGUGAAUGGCGUCCUUCCGGCCUCAGGAGUAUACAAGGGCUUACACCUCGGCGGCACUACACCAACAGCGCUUGUGCAUACGACUCCGUCGACAGCAGGCUCAGCUUUGUUACAGCCUUCAAAUAUGACACAGACUUCAGCUUCCCACAGUGCACUGAGUCAUCAAGUGACUGCUGCCAAUUCUGCGACAACUCAGGUUCUGUUUGGGAACAACAUUCGAUUAACUGUACCUUCAUCGGUCCCCACUGUAAACUCUAUCGCCCCAAUAAACGCACGACAUAUACCUAGGACUUUAAGUGCUGUUCCGUCAUCUGCCUUAAAGCUGGCUGCCGCGGCAAACUGUCAAGUUUCCAAGGUCCCCUCCUCAUCCUCUGUAGAUUCCGUUCCAAGGGAAAAUCAUGACUCGGAAAAGCCAGCCCUGAACAAUCUAGCCGACAACACAGUAGCGAUGGAGGUGACGUAGCUUCCUGGGAACGGGACUGCAGCCUGGGGACACGAUCAGGUGCUAUGCAUCAGAGGCGUUGGAACGCAGGGGAGGACGGAAUGCACACAUGCGUUUCCAUGGCAGCUGUGGGACUCGGCAGCACUGCGCAUCUCUCAUGCUUCAACUUUUCUUUUCUUACUGUUAAUAGGAAAAAAAAUCAACAUCUGUAAAUUAAGAAUACAGCAAUUAUCUGUAUAGUACUGCAUAUUUGUAAUACCCUUGUAUAUAUGUUACUUGAAUACAGAAAUGUUCAUUUGUGAUGCUUUGCACUUGGGGGCGGGGGGUGGGGAAUAAACUGCAACCAGAGUGUGAGCUGUGUAGCUGGUGUCAUCACAUCAUGUGCAUGGUGCGGAACCUGCUGUCUAUUUAUUGUGCCGUGUUUACAGGUUUUGUACACUGUACCCUCAUUGGUUCCUGUGCUGUAGUAAGUGUGUUAGGUAGCUGUGGACUCCUUGGUAUUUUGUAAAUGGUAUAACAUAACUUGGUUCCCUCUGGGUCCUUGAGUUUUCUGUGUAUCAUGUGAAAAAAAAUGGUGACAUACAUACAGAAUUUUACAAAAAAAAAAAAAAGGCACCAGUUUUUUUUAAAAUGGGGAAUGUACUGUUCAAUGGGGAUCUUCUGGUCUUCUACCAUUAGGACGCGCAACAAGCUAAAAAUGAAGUCUCUUGACCCUCCCGUCCCCGCCCGCCCGCCCGCCCGCCCGCCCGCCUGCAAGCUUGGGCGGCCCCGGUACUUAAAGCACUAAUGUUACGUUGCUGCUCUGCAAACAGCCCAGUCGUCCCAUUUCCUCCCACCAAAAGUGUUAAAUCAAGUACGCAAACGGAGUCCUUACAACUGGAGUUUAUGUUGUCUUGCCCUUUUUUUAGCACAAAAAGAUGUACUUUUUUAUUGUGGAAUCGUUUAAAGACUUCAUUCUUUACUUGUUCUUACAGAAAGGAUAUAGGGAGAAGAAUGCAGUAAUUGCUGUCCGUGUAUCGUCAUUCCAGUGUGUAAAACAGCCAGCCAGCUUUUUUCCUUUUAAGAUUCUCCAGAAGGCUGCGAGGCCAGAGCCACAAAUAUCGGGUGCCUUCCUUUGGAAAUAUUUGACCUCUCUUCUGUGAAGAGAAUGGUACUUACCAGACUACUACUAGUGCUUUGUCAGUACCGGAGUCUGAAUGCCCAGUCCAAUGGCAUACGUUAUCCUUAAGGUUUUUAAUCCCACCUGGAAACAUUGUGAUAGAAUUCUCACAAAAUAAACCCAGGGCAUUACAUGUUGACAAACUAA